AUGCUCAAAAGUCUGAAGACUGCACUUGCUUACCUCCUCUUGUCAAUCUCCCCACUCAGUGUCUAUGCGGCGUUGAAUGGGCCCUGUACGGGAGACGAGGCCACCGGGGAGUAUGGCACCAAGGGUACUUGUAUUUCCACAUCAGAUUGCACGCGUUCUGGGGGACAUUACAAGAGCGGCGCCUGUCCGUUUGAUCCUAACGACGUUAAAUGCUGCGUUAUCGACUCCACCUCGUCGGAGUCCGAAGGAGCGGAGACCGCCACCACCGAGUCUCCAGAGCCGACAACUCCUCCCCCAGAGGUUACCGAGUCUAGUUCUGGCGAGCCUGAAGUCCCUGAGACUACUGGUACCACUCCUAACGCUCCUGAACCUACCUUUACGGAGGCUUCCGCGGCCAUUGCCAACCCUAUCGCCGCGCUGCUUGUAGGCCUGGCCGCUAUUGCUAUUUAA